AACCACCUUCUGAAUAUUGCGCAAUCAUGUCCGGCUACGAGGUUGAACACAACAUCAAGGAGGAGAAGAAGAACGAGGCACCGCCCCGCCGCCCCGAUCUAUCCACAUUCUUCACCACACUCGACCUCGUUGAUACCAGUGGAGAUCGCCAUCCUCAGAACGCCCACUCUCUCCCUCUACCCGGUGACGUCUCAGCCGCCUUCCGCAAUCUCGCAAAUGCCUUUUCUAUGAUGCAAGGUGGUGGCCACGGCGAGUCGCAAGACGGCACGGAUCAAUUACUAGGUCGCAUGAUUGAACAGUUGAUGCAAGAGUCUGAGAACCCUCCGAGGGAGGUCAAGGGUGUGUCGGACGACUUCCUCGCACAGCUAGACAGAGUACCAAAGACGAGUCUGAAGGACAAGGACUGCCCCAUCUGCGGCAACCCUUUCCUUGACGACUCGCACCCGCUCGUUGUCCAACUUCCCUGCCACAAGGAUCACCUCUUCGACCUCGAAUGCAUCACACCCUGGCUCAAGCUCAACCCCACCUGCCCUCUCGACAGAAAAGAGUUGGUCAAGAAGAGGGCACCUACACCACCUCCGGAUGAGGAAGACGGAGAGUACGACGACAUGUACGCAUGAUCUCACACUAGCGAUUUUGCUUGGCAUUCUGCGUCGCAUCACUUGGAACAUACGCUUUGCUCUGCUUGAAACAGCAGAUAUGAUGAUUGCAAUAUACCCAUGAACCUUUCCCAUCAAUACCUGCGUCUCUACAAAUACUUGCUCCUCAGUGCUUGGCUGAUCGAGCUCAUCCUGCUCGUUGUUGAACCAUGCUGCAUAUGGCUCAUGAAUGCCUCCUCUAUGGCUGACUGAGAAAUGCUGGCAUCUGAAUUCCAUGUCAGUAUCAAAAUCUGUCACAACAUGAGCCUGCAAUCACCUACCGUCAAGAUCACUAAAUGAGCUGCCCAUACUCGGUGUUCCCUCGCUGCCCUCCUUGCGGACCCUUGGGCUGAGUUUGGAAAGUUCUUCUCGUUGUCUCGGACUCAAUGCACUCGCAGGGGGAG